AGCAAAUGUGGAUUGGCUAAUAUCUCUGCAAUAUCUAUGGUCUCCCAAAAAUAUAAAGCCUCCCAGUGUCCUGAUAUCCAAACAGAUCUGAAACUAAUCAAAACUGUCUGGACCGAAUUAGGGUGCAUCUUAAACUGGGAAUGAAAUCUACUUAAAUGAAAGGACCCACUGAUGGAUGAACUACAUGUGAACACAACUGAAGAGCUUGAGUGAUUUACCUUUGGGCUCAAAGCAGUGAAAUUUCAAUGAAGCAUCAUCCUCAAAUCAUAGAGAAAACUGCUAUAGAACCAAGCCCCCCCCAUGUGCUAGAACAGGGAAGAAGUGAAAAGUAAACGGAGCGAGAAGGAAAUUUGCAGAAUUGGUCAUCGGAAUAGACCUGCUUGUCUAGAGAAGGAGAGGAGGGACAAUUCAGAAACUGCCUAAGAAGGAGGAAAUCUUUCUGAGAAACAUGCCCAAGCUUCAUCUCUUCUUCAUGGUUUACUUUGCUUCCUUCCAUUUCUCCCUCCCUCUCCACAAUAGUGAAUGCGAGACCCAUCACGGAAAUGACUGCAAGAAAAAUGUCAACUUCGUACCAGGACAUAUCAUUGGGGAAGGAGUUGAUAUCACCACUCUGGAGAAGAAAGGGGCUUACGUGGUGGACAUCAGCAAAUGGCAGGGACCCAAUGGGACGUGCACCCUGUGUCGGAAUCGUAAAAUGGGUGAGCUGCAGAGACUUCCCCUGGUUGGGGUGGACUGGCGGCAGAAGGAAAACUGCCGACAAAAAGCAAACAACUUUGUGGACGAGUUAGAUAUAGUGGCCAACGCAAUAGCCAAAGAAGUCAAGAAUGACUGGAGAAUGGAGAUGGUCGAGGAUUUCAUGGAGGAGGACCUGGGAUUCUCCACUCAGGUGGCUUUUGCUGGCUCUCACUCUAAUAUGGCCAUUUUCGCAUAUCAGAAAACCCGCGAAGACAGGUACAGCUUUCUGAGGAACGAGAUCGAAUGUGAACAUUACAGUUUGGGGCUUCAGACGAAUCCUCUGCUGUCCUUCCAUUUUGUUCGGGCCAUCGGCAAGUUGCCCCCCCAUCACGACCCCGAGGAAUACCAGCAUUUCAUCAAUAUCUAUGGCACCCAUUAUAUCAGCCUGGUGUAUCUAGGUGGGCGAGCUCGUUACUUGCUGGCUUUGAAAACCUGUGGCAUGACCUUGAGGGGUUCACGGCGGAGAAGAUCAAAUACUGUUGGAUUGGAGACAAAGCUGAAGCGUAUAGGUCUUUGGGGUCCUUUUCUUUCCAUUCGAAUGUGCCAAGCUAUGGUUCGGGAAAUCUAAAUCAGCUUCUACGAGCUUUACACGACCCAGCACAUGGAGGUGGUAGGAGGCCACAAGAAGAUGCUCUUCUCGGAUAGCAGAGACCUGGACCAUCUCAACGAAUGGCUAGACAGCACCGAAAGGACCCCUGGGUUGGUGUCUUAUUCCCUUUUACCUCUGUAUAGCUUGUAACAAACAGACCCCAGGAGGAAUGUUUUAAAGCAAGCCACCGUGAGCUACAUCAAAAGAAGAGCCCUAAGGAGAGACUGCCACCAAAGCGUGCCCCCAGAAGAACUUCAACAAUGGGUCGAAAAGUGCACCUGCAUGUGUAUACCCAACGGCCUCAUCAACAACAAAUGUUGCGGCACCGAGCGGGGCAGGGCUCACCUCAAGUUCCAUGUGGACAGUGGGUCCGGUCUUGGGGGUGACCAUUUUUCCUCCACUGAUGCCUACGUCAAAUUCCUUUUCCAAGACCAGGAUAUGCGCACGAGGGUCAUUCGGGGCAAUAACAACCCUCGGUGGUCAGAGAAUCUGAACUUCGGGGCUGUCACGCUGAACGGCAACGACAAAUAUGUGGUGGAGAUUUGGGACAGCGACGUCUGGCACGGCCUCUUGCAUCGCUGUCAGGGGAGGCUGAGGUCAGGUCUUAGCAACUGGCAGAUAUGCUAUCUCAAGUAUGGGCACAUUAGGUUCUAUUACGAGUUGACAUGUGCCCCCACUCUCGCCGGGUCCAGCUGCCAUGAAUAUGUCCCUUUGCAUCUGCCAACCUCCUAUUUCAAUGACACAAAUCGUGACCAGGAAAAUUCAUGGUCACACACAUUCCAUAUCUGAGUACCCUGCAUGGGUGGGACUCAUACUGAUAAAUUAAGGCAUUGCUCAGAUUUGGAAAGAAUCUAAUAGGAAUCCCUAUCAAUUUUCUUCUAUACAACAACUGGAAGAGAGUUUUUGAACAGAUCAUUUCUAGAAAAAUGCACUCUUCUCCUCAAUUUACAACCCCGAUUGAGCCUAACGUUUCCCACAGUCCUUAAGCGAAUCUGGCUUCCCCAUUGACUUUGCUGGUCAAGGUUAUCAAAAGCAAUCACAUGACCCCACCAGGACACUGUAACCAUCAUAAAUAUAUGGAGCGGUUGCCAAAUACUCACAUUGUGAUCACAUGACCACGGGGAUGAUACAACAGUU